AUGAAGUUUUCUUUGCCCAUUUUAUCUGCUAUUUUGGCUUCCCUUUCCACCGUCCAUGCCGCGUGCCAACAAGUCGACGGUAACUACUACUGUUCAAAAACAUCUAAGGUGUACUUUGAAGGUGUUGGUUUCUCUGGUUCGUACCAAGAUGUCACCAACAUGGAUGAAUCCACCGGUAAAUGUACUCAGGAGACUUACGACUUUUCUGGAAACCUUUCUCCUUUGGACGAAGAAUUAUCGGUUCAUUUCAGAGGUCCUUUGAAAUUGUUGCAAUUUGGUGUCUACUACCCAGCUUCUGGUUCCAACAACAAGAGAGAGGACGACGAGGAGUGUGUCACCCAGCAUGUGCACCACAAGCACAAGAGAGCAACCCAGGUUGUUGAGGUGACCCAAACCGUGUUUGUUGAUGGAAAUGGUAACACUCAAACCUCCCAAGUUGCUGCCGUUCCCACCUCUGCUGCCACUGGUUCUGGUUCUGGUUCUGGUUCCGGCUCUGGCUCUGGCUCUGGCUCUUCUGGAUCUGGCUCGUCCCCAGCCAGCUCGAAUGCUGCUCCUUCGGCUUCUGCCUCGUCUGAUAGCUCGAGCUCCGCUGCCGCUGGUGACUGGGAGAGAGUGUCUUACUACACUCCUGGUAACGCCGACAACGUCACCUUCCUCAACUACUUUGGUGGUUCGGGUUCUGGUGUGUGGUCGUCUUCCUUUGGUAACUCGCUUUCUUAUGCCAACUCUGACAACAGUGGAGGUUCUUCCUCUCCCGUUGCCUUGAAGGAAACCACUCUUUCUUCCAACAGUGAAUUCACCAUCAUGUCUUCCUCCAAGUGCAGUGGCAACUCUUGUGGAUACUACAGAGAGGGUAUCCCUGCCUACCACGGAUUCGGUGGUGCCGACAAGCUUUUCAUCUUUGAGUUUGAAAUGCCAUCUGAUAACAGCGGUGGCUCUUCGUUCAACUACGACAUGCCAGCUAUCUGGAUGUUGAACGCCAAGAUCCCAAGAACUUUGCAAUACGGUGAUGCCUCUUGUUCGUGCUGGAAGACUGGAUGUGGUGAAUUGGAUUUGUUUGAAAUUUUGUCCGCCGGUUCUGAUAAAUUGAUCUGCCACUUGCACGAUGGUCAAGGUUCUAGCAACGGAUACGGUGGAGGUGGUUCCCAGGACUAUUUCCAAAGACCAACCAGUGGAUCCAUGAAGGCUGCGGUUGUGUUCUCUGGAAGCUCCAUUCAAGUCGUUCAAGUUGACGAUAGCACCAACUUUGGCUCCGUCUUGUCAUCGUCCACCGUCAGCGGAUGGACCAGCCAAUCUGGCUCCAAGGCGUCCAUUGGAUACUAA